UAGUGGUGGAGAAAAGGAGCUGCGUCAAGCAAGCCUCAAACACAGAGAACAACACCGGAAGUUGUGUUGUAUUGUCGUUAAAAAUAAAAGCAGUGCAAUGCUACUGUAUUGUAUUUCUCAUAUAACAAUAAACUGAAUAUACAGGGGGGAACAAAAUAAAAAAAUCUGUAUUGAGAUUAAAAUAUAGUAAAUUAAUAAAAAAUCUGCUUGAGUUUUAUCCUGUAAGGUGCAAUAAGGUGCAGUAAGGUGCAGACAACUAUCUGGCUAGAGUCCUUCUAGAGUCUUUUUUGUGUUAGGUACAGUGUGAUGGGUGUAUGGCAAACCUUUUUAACAUGUAAUGGCUAAAUAUAACUAUCUAGAAUUAACAUUGCAGAUAUGAACAACAUCAUUCAGACUAGUCACAAUUGCAUAUUGAAGAGAUAUUUCCAGUGUCAUUUUCAUUAGUCUGCAAUGAUGUCACUGAAAACAACAUUAAACGUGUCACAUGUGUGACAGUUACAGAUAUCUGUAAUUCAGUUUUGACUACAGGCAAAACUGAAUUAGAUCUAGCUGUUGUUUCGACAAGUGAAACUGAUGUUAUAGAUAUGUUGAAUGAAAAUUCCAUCUAUUCAAAAUGCAUUUAUGACUAGUCUGAAUGACGUUGUUGAUGUCUGCAAUGUUAAUUCUGGAUAGCCAAAUUUAACCAUUACAUGUUAAAAAGGCUUACCAUAGUUCAACAGUCUGGUAGAAAGUGUCUUAGAAAUGCUAUUGCAAAGGUCUCUUUUGCUUUGAAAGUGAGAGCGGAUUUGCUCGCGAAAACUCCCGAGACAUUGACGCCGACGGGAGAGGCUGUCGAGCUCCCGCCUCUUCAGACACCUUGGUAGUGCGCGCACGACUCACGUGCGGAGGUAAAAUGCAGCUGAGCGACGAGACGAGGCUCGCGAGUCUGACAUUAGUUUGAGAGAAGGAGAAGGAGGAUAAAGAUACGAAGAAGAAAAAGAAGAAGAGGAGGAGGCAUGAAGAAACACCUGAGUCCCACGAAGCAGCCGCCUCCACAGCCGCCUCCACCGGCUGAAGUCCCGGCUCCAGGCUGCGAGGUUACAGUCCAGCAACUCAACGAGCUCCUGUCCGACGACAACGGCUUCUACACCCUGCCGACGCAACACUUCAACGAGGUCUUUCCCAGGAUAUACAUCGGAAACGCGUUCGUUGCGCAGAACACGAUGCGCCUGCAGAAACUCGGAGUGACGCACGUCCUCAACGUGGCAGAGGGGACCUCCUUCAUGCACGUCAACACCAGUGCGGAGUUCUACGCCGGCACGGGCAUCACGUACCACGGCAUCAAGGCCAAUGACACGGAGCAGUUCAGCCUGUGUGUCUUCUUUGAGGAGGGGGCCGACUUCAUCGACAAGGCCUUAGCGCACAAUAAUGGCAAAGGGAAGGUGUACGUCCACUGCAGAGAAGGCUACAGCCGCUCCCCCACCAUGGUGGUCGCCUACCUCAUGCUGCGCCACAGAAUGGACGCCCGGCAGGCCAUGGCCACGGUGCGGCACAAGAGAGAGAUCGGCCCCAACGACGGCUUCCUCCGCCAGCUGUGCCAACUCAACGAGAAGCUGGCGAAGGAGGGAAAGCUCAACGGGGAGGUGGGCAAACUAAAGGCCAAAUGAAAGCAGGACCCUCCGCUACCGUCUCCUCCCAUCAUGCCUUUCGCAGGCUUCACCUGCUCUCAGAGACUGACCCCACCUUGACCAAACCAGCACCCAUCUUAACUCAUCAGGGGUAUUCUCAGACAUACAUGCGUUAUUUAUCCGUGUAGAUAAUUAUCCCUCGCGCGACACCGUACACGCUGUUUAUUUCCAGUUGUUUAUUUUUCCCCUUCACACGCCUCUCGCCGUUCUUUCAAGAGUGUGCUCUCAAACGCAAACAAAAAAACCCCUUUUUAUACACCGCAGAGAUGUGCAGAACGCGCUGCCGAAAGCUCGAAGUCUGCCUCGUUUUUAGAGCUGAGCUACCUAAAGCAUUCCCACGAGAUAAGAAGAAGGUGGAAACGUUCCCCUGAUUUUUAAGAUUUCCUUACAAAGUUGUAGAUUAAAUUAGAAGAUAAUAGCACAAUCAUUCCAUAGUUUUCCACUGCCGGGAAAAUCAGCGAUGUCUCCGCCAGCAGGAGUCCUCCAUCAAUUCCUAACAAACUCCUAAUUACAAAAUGGCCACACAUCAUGCAACGUUAGUCCGCCAGAUGUCAGGAUGGAGGGAAAUCCCAAACAUUCCAUGAAGACGACAAAAGAAAAAUGACCUCCAGACUCAAACCCUUAAGAUCCUUUAUUUUUUCAAUCUUCUGCCUCCAGGGGGAGAUGUUUAAUGCACAAAUUGCUCACACUCUUAAUGCAAGCUCGAGCUCCGUGUGGCAUAUUUCCCUCCCUUGACUCUCUGGCCUCUGGUUUGACAGCGGUAGCUUGAAAUUCGUCUGCAGUGCAAAAGGUCGAGCUGAUUAAAAAUAAUGAGCUGCGCGGGUUGUUCUUGUAGCAGCCUCGUUUAGCUGACGAAUGUCCGCUUUAGCUAGACACUUAGCUCGGUUAGCGCGCAGAGAAAGAGGGCAGUAAUCUGAGGGAAACACUUAAAAAGAAGGAGCUUAUUUUUUCUUUUCUUUUUUACAAUAUUUAAUUUUUUUAAAUGGCUUUUGUUUAAAUGAAAUAUGUGUUAAAUAGUGAUAAUAGUUUUGCUUUUGUUUUGCUAUAUAAAUUAGCCUCUGUGUAAAAAAGAAGGUCUUAGUAUUGAGUAAAAUCACUCUAAACACAAACUGCAGGUUCAGUUGGUGUUAGAGGCUAAUUUAAUUCAUUUUUAGGAUGUCAUACCUUGUAUAAUAUACCUGUAAUGAUGUAGAAAGGUUAACAGGGACUUUAUACUUUAAAUACAAUAUAAUAAUAAAUGUUUUACCUUAGUAGAUGUACAACUGCUUUAACAAAAGUCUUUUUAAAUGAUGUAUGAUGAAUACUUUUCACAUGUCACACAUAUAGAAACUAUAGUAGAGUUAAUCAGCCAGCUUAGUAACUGUCAGUACUCCAAAUGGAUUUGAACAAAAGGCCAAAAUAGGAAAAGUAAAAUGUGUUAUUUAUUUAUUUAUUUAUUUAUUUAUUUAUUUAUUUUAACCAGUGUAAUGUGUGUUGACAGUGCUCAGCUAGAUUUAUGCUUCUGUGUAAGGCCGACAGCAUAGCCUCACAUACGCCUCCCCGGAAAUUUAACUACUACUAAGGCAAAUGCUGUGAUUGGCCUAAAACAUAUUCCUCGAUCACGCCUCUUAGUGGCCAGACAACUAAGCGCUAAUAUGUUUUCUGUUGCACCGAUUUCUGCAACAUUAACUGUAGCUCAACAUAUAUUAGCUCAUAACAUAGACUACAUACACUUUAUGGAGUGGUUGGCAUGGCAACUGGUAACCACCCAUUAUGACCCAUAAAGUCAAACUGAAUUUAUCCAAACAAUUGACACUUGAACAUGCAUCUUCAUUAUAUCGACUACUUAAAAUGACAAAAACCAUCCUUGAGUAUUUUUUUUGUUUCAGUUUGGCACAAGUCCCAUCCACUAAUAUGGAGGGGGGCGGAGCUUAUGACCUAUACUGCAGCCAGCCACCAGGGGGAGCUCUGCUGUUAGCGUUUAUGGCUCAUAGAGGAGCAGCUCCAAACACCUUUGUUUGAAGUAUGCAAAGAAAUUGAACGCAGCUAAGUAGACUACUGACCGGCAUUUUAGCCUCAUCACAGAAUGAAGCCGACACACCAGCACAGAAAUACAAACCUUAAAAAAAAAAAAACAUCUCCGGCCACUUGGCUAUGACGCAGGCUCUGACACAGAGGCAUAGUUCUAGCUUUAGACGUCGGUUUCACCCUGUUUACCGCUGUCAAACUAGAGGCUUUUAGUUUUCCCCAGGAGGAAGAAUGUCGCCCACUUCUAACAGAGAGUCACAGUCAUCACGCCAGAGAGUUGUCCACUGCCAAUUCCCUGACACGGCCAUUCAGCCAGUAUCCAACACCACUCUUUCCAUCAACACAGUUUAUCAGAGCUCCAUACACCUCCUCGAUGUGUGUGUCUCAUAUAGUAACGUAUGCACACUGAGUCACGAAGCCUUGUUUCUGUUUGUUUCUAUGUACUAAAGCAUUGCAAUAUAUGUCAAUACCCCAUCAGAUAUAUAGAAUGUAAUCACAUUUAAUAUGACUAACCGGGCAGUAGUUGUCACAUAUAGACGACAAUUUGAAAGACGCUGUAUUUAAUACACAAAUAGACCUAUGUAGUGUCGGGAGAGAGUGUUUCUAAAAAUCUGCAGCGGAGACAUCGUGAGAGUGGGAAAAGUCUGAGAUGGAAAGUCGGGACUCGCCUCAGUUUGCAGUUUGCAUUCAGAAACGAGUUCAGCCUCACACGUCAGAUUGUCUCCUGAAUUAAAGCUCUGAGGCAUGUCAGCAUGAAUCCAGGCUGUCUCACCACAGAGGAAAGAUGAAAACUCGGCUGUCUCACAUCAUUAAUGGCUCUAUUUAUUCCUCAUUUGAUAUAUCUGUAUACAUUCAAAUAUAUACUGUAUGUAUACUGUAUAUACGUAUCUAAGUGUUGACAUAUAUGAAUGUACGAGCAAUGUGUCUAUAACGUGUAGGUAUCGUCAGUGAGUCCUUAUGUAUCAUGUUAUAUUUGUAUCGCAGAGUAGCUCCUUCAUUCUUUCACGUUUACUUACAUGCACAUUAAUAUUCAGUAUAUGAUGUGCAUGUAAAAUGUCGCGUUGUAAUUGUGAUGACGUCAUAUCACAAUUGUGCAAAAACUUGCUUAUGAUAACAGGGUUGUUUUUUUUUUGUUUUGUUUUUUUCCCAAGGCUUAGCCAGGAUACUGGGGGCAUGUAGUCAUUGCUGUGUUUAUCAGUGUUUUGUACAUGUUUUCCACUGUAAUGCUAAUUUAUUGAUAAAUUCAGCAAGAUGCAGGUGGCAGCACAAAAUGCAUUCAUCUCAUCACUUUUUUUAUACGUUGCUUCCAAACAUGUCUGUCACAUUGUUUUUUUCUAAGCUACACUGAGUUUCACUCAUGAACUAUUGCUUGCAGUCACUAGGGGGAGCUACAGAGUCAUUAUUCAACCAGGGCUCUUGAUUUACUUCAUUCAAAUUUAAACAGUCUCACAAACAAACAAAGACUAAUGAUUAUAAGUUUGAAAACAUUCUUAAUUUGUACAGAAUUAAGAGGAAAUUGUUCCAACUUGAAGCUUUAAAUGCCAUUUAAAAUGUCAAUGAGAAGUUCUUUUGAUAUUUGAACACGUGCAUAAAACCAAGAGAAAAGUGUGGGGUUAAUUUCAGGCCACAAUCUGAAACUGCAAAAACAAAACAAAACAAAAUUUAAAUAUAAUCAAAAAAUCCUCAGGAGAGCAGUGACAAACACAGAAAAUAUAUAUGUAAAACACAGUAAAGAGUGCUACAGGAAAUCACAAAUAUAAAGUAAUAUUUACAGAAAUGAAUUUUCUUGAUUUUAUAACAUUUUACGGAAGCUUUUGAAAUAUCUGGUUUUAAAGACUGGAAUUAUGGUAUAAUAUUAAUAAUACAUAGAAAAGGGGCAAUUGAGUCAUGCAGAUUAUUUAUUUAUUUAUUUGUUUAUUUAUUUCCCUUUCUAAACUGUUACUGAACAGGACAGACUAAGUCAGCCUUUCAAUUUUUCCAUUUUCUAGAUGCAGAGUCUCUCACUGCUGCCAAGCACGGCAUCGUCCAAAGUAGAAUCAAUAAAUCAAUUAUUUCAGGUACAAAACAAAAAAAUAAAAAUGCACAAUUGAAUCUUUCAAGUAAAGUUUUGCAGAUUCAUUGUCUUACUUUCUAGUAUAUUGAAUAUCUCUUUGUUCUGAUCAUCUUUGGCUCUAGGAAACUAUGUUCUUGUUCAGACGUUUUAUCGGCCAAAAUGGGUCAAUAAAAACCUCCGAAAAUGUCUAUUGGAAAUAAUUUGAUUCCCGGUCCAGAUAGUGUCAAAAUAAGUAUACAUGAACACAUUAAAUAUACAGCCAGAGGAGACAUUUUAAAAGCCCUCUAAUCUCAUAAAACCCCGACGUUUAGAUCCCAAAAUAUACACUGAAACGUCCACUGCUGCUUUGGCCUCAUUAUUGGCCGGGAGGAACGGUCAGAGAAGCGAAUAUCCUCACGGGGAGUUGAAGCCGAGGGCUAAAUUGUUGUUAAGUGAGAACAAGAGUUCAGUUGAGAUGCGUCUGAGUCCCGGCCUGUGCGCACUCUGCUCCAGUCACCUCCGAGCCCUCUCAUUUCUUUUCAUUCAUUACAUGUGAAAAAAAUACGCAAAGCAUUUGAACUCUUGCAAACACGACUCCCUUCUCUAAGAAUGCUGAAGACGUGUCUGUGCAGCGGUUCGACUCUCGAGUCCAUUUUCAAGUACAGUUUAAUGCAUGUCGUGGUGCAUUUUCAGCAUGAGCCUCCACACCACACAGCGGUCGAGGCUUCAGGCAAAGAGAACCUCUCCUCAGACGCCAAAACGGCUCGUGCCAAGUGACCGAUUCAACCUUACAUAAGGCCUUUUCAAAUGUUUAUGGUUGACUUUGCCGUGAUUGGAACAGCCCCAGGUUUCACCCAGUACUGCCCUCCUCCUGAAUACACAAAACAUUGAACUAAAGGCUGAGGCUUGGGUCCGUGUUGGUGUCAGUCUACGCAGAGUAAACGUGACAACAGGGCAACAGGAGAUGAUGAAAUGCAGAGCUCUCUACCCAUCUUUCCUGCAUCAGCAAAGUGAAAAAGGAGCCAACGUUUCUGAUUGUUCCUCUUUUUUUUUUUGACACCAAACAAUCAGCUACAACGACUAGAAGUCGUAGCACCAACGCGGUGUCGUGCCAGAGCCUCAGCUUUGCCUCUUUCCCUUACAAUAUUUCUUUAAAUUCGGGAACCGUCACGGCGACAUUCUUCAAGUCUGUCCAGGGCGAGGGUACGUACUUGAUAGCAUCAACUGCCAAACUGAGCUGCUUGUUUACUGAGUCAUUUGUUUGGCCCCAAACAUUCAAACGCUCUGGCUGGAGCCCAGCGAGAAAUGACUGGAAAAAGCUUCCUGGACGAAGCAAAGCAAAGAUGGCAGCCGCGUAAAAUUUCUACCACGCCUCAACACACUUUUAUGCAUUACGUAACAGAUCGACACUGCCACCUGCUGUUCAGUUUCAGUCACUCGUCUCGAUUCUAAUUAGUUACAUUUUUUUUUCUUUUUCUCCCCCAACGUAAAACCCUGUAAUAUCAAUAUUAAGCGACUGACUUGUUUAAAGGGUACCAGCAUCAUUUUGUGGGUAUUACAUUACGUAUUAUCAAGAAUGUCAAAUGUGAAACGCCAUCAAUGUAUAUUGUUAUAUAUACUGAGUAUGUAACACGCACUAAGGCAAUCGCGAAUUGCUGCAUUUUACCGUCUCAACGGGCCUAUUACAGUGUAAAGAUUGUUCGAUAUUGGUUCAGGAGACAUUAAUGUAUCUUCUCCUCAGAGUUCAUUUUUAAUCUAGAUUUUGUCUCGUUACAAGGAGUCGAUUACUGGUUUAAUAAGACUUUUUUUUUUUUGUACAGAAGGAUUUAUUAAAGUGUGACUGUGACCUGCUUUUCCAACCGUUCACUUAAAUCCAGAUUGUCAUGAUCCGUGUUGUUUUUGGGUGAGUCACCUUCGCGUAUAAUGGUAGUCAGGCCUGGGCCGCGCAGUAAUUGCGCUUCAUUCAUGAUGCUUGUUUAAAAGCAAAGCGGAGAGAGAGCGCAGAGCUGUUAGGUAAGCCAAACAGAGCGUGGUAGCCGUGUUUAUUAUCACAGAAAAGUGCAUUAAAUUGACUUCCAAAUAAUUUCCUGCGAUUUUCGAUAAAAUUCGCCGCCCCGCGUGGCUUAAACCCAGCCAUCUGUGGGCAACAGGGCUGAGAUGUUUGAAGCCUCCGUGACCGACGGUUCAUAUCUGACAUCACGGAAACAAAAUCGUCUGGCUGAACGUCUCUUGCGGUGAAACCCCCGUACCUCUGGCUCACCGGAGGGCGCUCUAGCGAGCGCCGGAAAUGACUUGCAAAUACGGUCUGGCUCAGGUGAGGCGCUGACUGCAGAGCCGUCAUCUUCUCCUCGCUUCCCAUCCUGGUAAACGGCUUAAAGCAGGAGAUUUAGCACAAAUGAGCCCACUGCCUGACUCCUCCGGGAGUCUGUUACACCCUCCCGCCACACGGUUACAUUUCUGUUUGUGCACAGAUGUCCCAGACAAGGUUGUGAUGUUGCAUCGGCGGAUAAUGUGGAUAUACACCGAUCAGGCGUAACAUUAUGACCACCUUCCUAAUGCCGUGUAGGUCUCUUGUGUCUCCAAAAUAGUUGUGACUCAUCAGAGAAUGGACAUGGGCCUUGUAAGGGUGUCCUGUGGUGUAUGGCAACAGGAUGUUGUUAGUGUGGGGUUUUGGGUCAUACAGAGGGGAGGGGCCUCUGUGGAUCAGGCUUCUUUCAGUACAUCCCACAUUUACACGAUCAGUUUGUGCUGUUUUCAUGUUUUUUUUUAGUUGUUCUUAAACCAUCUUCGUGUGUGCGUCUGCUGCCAUUAAGGAGUGUCAUUGCUAUGGGGUGGGGCCUUGUCUGGUCUAGGUGGGUGGUACAUGCCUAGGUAACAUCCACACAGAUGCCAGGUCCAAAGGUUUCCCAGCAGAACAUUUCGUUGUAACAAGGUGGUUAAUGUUUUCUACUUCCUGUUAGUGGUCAUAAUGUUAUGUCUGAUCCGUGUAUAUAUACAGUAUAUCUAUAUCUAUAUUUAUAUCUAUAGAUUACUCACCCCCACUGACAUCUAAACGUACAGUACCGUCACAGCACUCGGCACCCGAAGCCUUACAGCGAUGAUUGAUUCUUUGGGUACGUUUUUUGAGUUUGUUUAUCUCACUUCACGGCGCAGAGAGGAGGGGGACGCUCCCUCACAGGACGAGACAGCGAUGAAGUGCACUUGAUUUUAAAUUGCGAUGUUAUUUUUCUUACCUUGGAGACGUCCCUUCUUUCUUAUGUUUAAGAAAUAAAUGGCUGAGGUAUUAACA